GAUAUUUUGUGAAUUAACGACUAUAGACAGUGUGGAAAUGAGUUUCACUAAUAGCAUGGUCAAUUUUGAGCUUAUUGGUAAAGAAAGUAAAGAGAGAGAUCAAAAAUAUUUAGUAGUGUUCAACUUUUAUCAUACGGGAAAAGUCCACGGUAUUCCGGAUUUAUACCGUAAUAACGGACUCUAGAAUUUUGUAGAAUACUCUUCAAGUGGAGGAGAUUCUAGAACUUUAUUGUUUUUCAAUUAAUUUCGGCUUUUAGUAACACGGAACUUCACAAGUGUCAGAACUUUAUCAUACCGUAAGCAACCAUGUAUGAAGUUCAUGUACUGAAAGAUGGGUACAAUGUCAAGGAAGGUCCAGGUAAACAGAGGUCAUGUGGAUCUAUUACCUUGCUGAAAGGGCCAAGAAAUGUAAUUGUUGAUACUGGUAAUCCUUGGGAUAAAGAGCUUAUACUCGAAGCUCUGAGAAAUCAUAAUCUUGAGCCCAAUGAUAUACAUUAUGUUGUGUGCACAAGAGCGCACGGCGAUAAGGUGGGAAACCUGAACCUGUUUGGUAGAGCCGUUGGUAUUGUAGCGGGAGAAGUAAGCCAACAUCAGCACUACCAUCGGCACGGUUUUACCGAGGGCAUACCAUACGAGAUAGACGAUGAUGUAGAAGUUAUAGCUACCCCGGGUCAUACAGGCUCAGAUGUUAGUGUAAUCGUGAGAAACACCAAGAAAGGAACUGUUGCAAUCACUGGUGAUUUGUUUGAACGGCUAGAGGACCUCGAAGAUUUCUCUCUCUGGCAGGAAAAUAGCGAAUUUCCCGAGGUUCAACAACAGAACAGAUUAGAAAUUUUACGAUUCGCAGAUUGGAUCGUACCUGGGCACGGUCCGAUGUUUCAAGUUCCGUAUGAGUAUAAAGCACAACUCAAGAUGGUGAUGUAUCAAGAAUUUAAAUCUACUACAGUGGAUGGCGUGGAUGGGUCUAUGUCAUCUUUUUCUGAAACAAACUAUACUGUGAUAGAAGAAGAUUGAAGAAGUGAAAAUACUUUGAAAAAGACUAUACUUAUCAAGAGAGUGAAAGACAGGAAGAGAAUGUUGCUUGUUUUGUUUGAAAAAAAUGAACAUUUAACAUGGUGUUGUAUUUUGUAAUCAUUCAUCUUUCUCAUUAACUCCUGCAAUCCCGAAUUAUGUGUGUAUCAUAGAUAAAUUACACCAUGCAAUGCUGAGAAUGUGAUGUGAAAUGUGAUGUGAUAAUUGCAAAAAAUAUACUUGUUUGAAAAAACAAACUAAAAGAACCUUAACAUUGUACUCACUUCUUUGAUUUUAGUUGGCUAGUGUUAUCUUAUAAACCAAUAUCUUUUUUUCCAAGUAUUAACAUGGCAGCUUUUAUAUAACAUGAUAUGAGCCGUGUCACGACAAAACCAACAUU